UCGUUUUUCAACAGCACCCCUCCCCCCCCUUACCCCUGACCCUGUUCUGGCCAUCACUGAGCUCAAAUUGUGGCUUCCUUCAACAUGCAUGCAAGCAGCUUUUAGUCGUCUUGACCUAGAUGACUCGUUCAUAACACAUGCACCGCUCUCUACGAAAUCAAGGGAACAUGUCUUAACACGACUUACUCGGAGCAAACCGCAAUUCCUCGGCCUCAAAGUCCAGCCGUGUGUUUAGUCUGUUGUGAGAAAUGAGACGUCAGCAGACUCACGCCAUCAACUGUUCUUUUCUUCAUCUCUCUCCUUUCAUCCCCGUAAUCGUGCUUUUAACUUAUUUAUCUAACCGUGUACAUGCUUUGUGCCCGCUGUUUGCUUUCGCUCGCCGCACUGAGGGACUAAACACACCCAAGUGUGUCUCAGGUGUGUAUUUGUGUGUAGUCUGUUUGCUAAGCAACCGGCGUGUUGUCGAGAUGAGCAAAGCCCAAAACACGCCGCUUGUAUCGUGUCGUCCGUGCAGGUCAGUGCAGAUUUUCACGAGCAGCAGGAUCAAGCCUUCGUUUAGUCGUUUUUUUUGUUGUUUUUAAAGUCCGACUGUUCAUUUAAAAGAAGCAGGUGGAAAAAAAAAUUGCUUCUCCUUCCAAAGGGUUCAGGUCCAAAUUGUUUGUGUCAGUGUGUGAUUUCUUGGUGGUUUUGGCUGUCCUCAUGGACAAAACACAACAUUAGCUAAAUUAUAUUCAUCACAGAGGAGGAAAAGGAUCAUCAAACUUCCUCUGUGACCUCGUGGUUAGAACAAAGGGGUUGUGUGAGUGUUGAGAGCGCCAUCGUGUGGUCACAGUUCAGGUUAUUGACCUUUCAGAUAAUUGAGAUAUUGAAAGAAAAAAUCUUCUAUUGUUAUUAAAUAAUGCUAAUGAUAAAUUCAUGAAAGGGUGAAUGUUGUCCGUCUGGUUUUAUUCCUCAUCUCCUCUGAAGUGUUAAAUAAUCUCGUCCAAAUUCAAAGCCACUAACGGACAUCAAAGCUCUUUAAUGUUUGCUUACGCAGGGGAUCGAGGUAUUAUCUAGCCAUUGUUUGUGUGUGUGUGAGACAGACCGACAGACAGACAGGACGGACAUGGCUGUGUUGAAGUACUUUUUGUUGUUUCAUUGAAAAUGAAGUUCUCUCUCUCUCUAAUUGGGAUACGACCACCGGAGGAAUGUGGGUGACACUCUUCUUUUUCCAAAUCAGUGGCUUCCUGGUGCUGAUGUCGGCCUUGACCUCUUACGGCUGCUUCCAGUAUCUUCAACAUGGACCCCAAGGGCCCCAGUGGCACCUUCAAGAGAUCCUCCCUGAAACGCAGCACGUCAGGCUCGCAGAAGGCGCAGCGAGUUUGGAUUGAGAGGACGUUUCUGAAAAGAGAAUGCAUUCACAUCUUUCCCACCAAGGACACCACCAGAUGUUCAUGCGGUCAGCUGACAACGCAGCAUGUGGCCAUCCCGCCCGGCGCCAACUCUCUGGAGGAGGCCCACCAGCUCGUGCAGAUCGACACCCCCAAAGACAAAUGGAGCGUGAUCAAACACACCAGGACCUACCCGACGGAUUCCUACGGCGUGAUCGAGUUCCAGGGCGGAGGCUUCAUCAACAAGGCCAUGUACAUCCGAGUGUCCUACGACACCAAAGCGGACAACCUGCUCCAUUUGAUGGUCAAGGACUGGCAGUUGGAGCUGCCCACCUUACUCAUCUCGGUGCACGGAGGCCUGCAGAACUUUGACCUUCAGCCCAAACUCAAGCAGGUUUUCGGCAAAGGUCUGAUUAAAGCCGCCGUCACCACGGGCGCUUGGAUCUUCACGGGCGGGGUCAACACAGGUGUGAUCCGUCAUGUGGGCGACGCCUUAAAGGACCAUUCCUCCAAGUCACGAGGAAAAGUGUGCGCCAUAGGAAUCGCCCCCUGGGGCAUCCUGGAGAACAAAGAAGACCUCAUUGGGAAAGACGUGACCAGACCCUACCAGACCAUGGCUAACCCGCUGAGCAAGCUGGCCGUGCUCAACAACAGCCACUCGCACUUCAUCCUGACGGACAACGGCACCUGCGGCAAGUACGGCUCGGAGGUCAAGCUGCGCCGCCUGCUGGAGAAGCACAUCUCCUUGCAGAAGAUCAACACCCGUCUGGGCCAGGGUGUCCCACUAGUGUGUCUGAUAGUAGAAGGAGGUCCGAACGUGAUCUCCAUCGCUCUGGAGAGUCUGCGAGACGAGCCUCCGAUCCCGGUGGUGGUGUGCGACGGCAGUGGCCGCGCCUCUGACAUUAUUUCCUUUGCACAUAAGUUCUCCGAGGAUGGAGGGCUGGUUAACGACGACGUGCGAGACCAACUGCUGGUGACCAUUCAGAAGACGUUCAACUACAGCAAGAGUCAGUCGCAGCAAAUCCUGCUCAUGGUGAUGGAAUGUAUGAAGAAGAGGGAACUGAUCACUGUUUUUCGGAUGGGUUCCGAAGGUCAGCAAGAUAUCGAAAUGGCCAUUCUUACAGCUUUGUUAAAAGGCACCAACGCUUCGGCGGCCGACCAGCUCAGUUUGGCUCUGGCCUGGAACCGAGUGGACAUUGCUCGCAAUCACAUCUUUGUUUACGGACAUAAUUUACCUCCCGCCGGCGCCAUUGCCAACACAACGGCGCUGGCCCCGGUCCAGGAGAAGCAGAAAAGCCCCGCCAGUGCCCCUCGCAAUAAAACCAGGGCCAAGAAAGGAAAGGGCAAAGGAAAAGCAAAACCUGAACCUCCAGAGGAAACAGAUCCGCGCAAGUUGGAGCUCAUGCGUUGGGUGAAUUCUCUGGAGCAGGCCAUGAUGGAUGCGUUGGUGUUGGAUAGAGUUGACUUUGUCAAGCUGCUUCUGGAAAAUGGUGUGAAUAUUCACCACUUCCUCACCAUUCCAAGACUGGAGGAGUUGUACAAUACGAAACUUGGCCCUGCAAAUACUCUGCAUGCUGUAGUUAGGGACGUCAAAAAGGGAAAUCUCCCUCCAGAUUACCAAAUCACCUUGAUUGACAUUGGCCUGGUGCUGGAGUACCUCAUGGGUGGAGCUUACAGAAGUAAUUACACCAGAAAGGCUUUCCGAAACCUCUACAAUACUCUCUAUGGACUUAAAAGGCCCAAAGCGCUCAAGCUUCUCGGGAUGGAGGACGACGAACCUCGAACGAAAGGCAAGAAAAAGGCUAAAAAGAAAAAGGAGGAAGAAGUGGACAUUGACGUCGAUGACCCGGAGGUGUGUCGCUUCCAGUAUCCCUUCCACGAGUUGAUGUUGUGGGCAGUACUGAUGAAGCGCCAGAAGAUGUCGCUCUUUCUUUGGCAACGAGGGGAGGAGACCAUGGCCAAGGCACUGGUGGCCUGCAAACUCUUCAAGGCCAUGGCACACGAGUGCUCUGAGAGUGAGCUCGUGGACGACAUCUCCCAAGACCUGGAGAACAACUCAAAAGAAUUUGGCCAACUGGCCUACGAGCUGCUGGACCAGUCGUACAAGCACGACGAGCAGGUGGCCAUGAAGCUGCUGACCUACGAGCUGGUGAACUGGAGCAACUCGACCUGUCUGAAGUUGGCGGUGGCCGCCAAGCAGCGAGACUUCAUCGCCCACACGUGCAGCCAGAUGUUGCUCACGGACAUGUGGAUGGGCUGCCUGAGGAUCGGCAAGAACCCGGGCCUCAAGGUCAUUUUGGGAAUCAUUUUUCCUCCGCUGAUUCUUCUGCUGGAUUUCCGUAUCGGGGAUGACGCAUCCUACAAUGCGCCCGGAGGCAAAGAAGAAAGAAAAGAGAAAGAGGAUGACACCAAAUCCAGCAAGGAGCCCAAUGACGCCGUUUCCCGGAAGGGGGAUGAAGAGGAAGGCAAUGCCAACGUCCGCAAAAUCCCCAUUGGCAAACGAUUAUUUGAGUUUUAUGAUGCACCUUUCACGAAAUUUUGGUUCAACACAAUAUGCUAUCUGGGCUACCUGAUGUUAUACAACUACAUUAUUUUGGUCAAGAUGGAACGAUGGCCAUCCUUACAAGAGUGGACUGUCAUCGCUUACAUCCUUACACUCGGCAGUGAAAAAAUCAGACAGAUCUUGAUGUCAGAGCCCGGUAAGCUGAAACAGAAGAUCAGCGUGUGGCUGGAGGAGUACUGGAACAUCACGGACCUGGCGGCCAUCUGCACCUUCCUCCUGGGCCUGAUGUUGAGGCUCCAGCACGAACCCUACAUGGGCUACGGGAGAGUCAUCUACUGCAUCGACAUCAUCUUCUGGUACAUCCGCGUCCUGGACAUCUUCGGCGUCAACAAAUACCUGGGACCCUACGUGAUGAUGAUCGGAAAGAUGAUGAUCGAUAUGAUGUAUUUUGUGGUCAUCAUGCUGGUGGUGCUCAUGAGCUUCGGGGUGGCCCGCCAAGCCAUCCUGCACCCCGACGAGGAGCCCACGUGGCGCUUGGCUCGGAAUAUUUUCUAUAUGCCCUACUGGAUGAUCUAUGGAGAGGUUUUUGCCGACUCGAUAGACCUCUAUGCAAUGGAAAUCAACCCUCCGUGUGGUGAACAUUUAUACGAUGAAGACGGGAAGAAGUUGCCGCCGUGCAUCCCCGGCGCCUGGCUCACACCUGCUAUCAUGGCCUGCUACCUUCUCGUGGCCAAUAUUCUCCUGGUCAACCUGCUCAUUGCUGUCUUCAACAACACCUUCUUUGAGGUCAAGUCCAUCUCCAACCAGGUGUGGAAGUUUCAGCGCUAUCAGUUAAUCAUGACGUUCCACGACCGUCCCAUCCUGCCCCCGCCGCUCAUCAUCUUCAGCCACCUCUACAUCCUCUGCAGCCGGCUCUUUCGACGUUGCGCCAGGAAGAAGCAAGACGGAGAACUGGACGAGAAGGACCGCGGCCUCAAACUAAGAUUGAAUCCAGAGGAGCUGAAGAACCUGUACGAGUUUGAGGAACAGUGCGUGGAGGAAUACUUUCGGGAAAAGGAAGACGAGCAGCAGUCCUCGAGCGACGAACGCAUUAAGGUUACCUCGGAAAGAGUUGAGAACAUGUCCAUGCGUCUGGAAGAGGUCAACGAGAGGGAGAACACCAUGAAAGCCUCCCUGCAAACGGUGGAUCUCCGCCUGGCCCAACUGGAGGAGAUCCACGGUCGAAUGGCCAUGGCCUUGGAGAAGCUGGCCGGGUUGGAUAAGCUAGAGCUGACCAGGACUCAUUCUCGCACUUCGUCGGCGUGCGAUCCCUCCUCUCUGGUUCGCCAGGGUAGCAUCAACAGCGCUGACGGUUACAGCCUCUACCGCUUCCACAUGGACAUGGAGGAGUUUGCCAGCAAGCAGAAGGACACAGAGGAACCGGCGAAAAGUGGCCUGGAAAGACAGAAGAGUCAAGCUUCCAGCACGACCGCGCUGAACGUCAAGGAGGGCGCUCAGACCUUAGAAGUCGUCGGCGGCCUGAGUAGAAGCAGACCGGGCUCUUGCGUGGACAUCCUCAUAUCGCCUUGCGAACCCAAGCAGGUGUCUGCGGCCUCGAGCAGCGAAACUUUAACCAACAAGGAGAUACUCGGAAGCUCGCAGCUGUUGGAUCGAAUCGCCGACAAGAACAGACUCAAACCGUCCUCCCCGCCCAAACGGACCAAAUCCCUGAGACACUAUCCGGCCGAAGAACCCGCCUGUUCUCCUCUGACAAAGAGGAGGAGCAUGAGCACCAUCAUCAUCAGCCCACCUGAUGAAACCGAGGAGCCCGCCAAAAAGGCCCAACUGCCUCCCACGACUUCCUCCUCCCCAAAAAGGACCAAAUCGUUACGCCACGUCCCCGCCGAGACCCCGAACGAAACGUCCCCGGUUACAAAGCGGAGGGCGAUGAGCAGCAUUAUUUACAGUCCGGCCGAGGCGCUGGAUGACGAGCUUCACGCUCAGGACUAUACGUCCUUCGUGGAGCAAGCCGCCAAAACUCCCAACGAGUGGCCCGCCGACCUGGAGUACACUCUGCACGCCAGCCCGGUCGGUCACAUGCCGAAAGUGUCAACGGUCAGAAGAACCAUCCAGCAGUUUCAGAGCACCACUGCCGGCGUGGAGCUGAAAGAAAUAGACGGGAUCCGUCCGGUUCCCGUUGAAAGCGAAGGAACGACGGACGAGCAGAUCAAGACGAGGGUGAAGAGAAACAUGUCCGACGGCGCUCAGUAUCUGAGCGUCGCCGAGGAUAGGUUCCUGGACUCGCACAGGUCUCUCAGCUGGAACGCCAAGGAUCGCAAAGCUAAAAGCAAGAGAGCAUCCAGUAGUGAGAGGGAAUCCGUGAAGGAGUGCGGAGGAGCCACGCACAAGAUGGAGGAUGGCGCUCGUGAAAAGGAAUGACAUCGGAAAAGUCGGGAAACAAUUCAUCAAACCACAACUAUGAGGUCAACGAGGAGAACAAGAAGAGCACAAUUAUUAGAAGAAAGUCCGAAAUAGGACUAAAUCACUUUUUCGUGUAUGGAGGAAAGAUGUCCCUGUUUCUGAAAACACCCAAACAAGCUUUCCUCAAGUCUUUUAAUAUGGAAAAAAAAAAGCUUCUGAAUGUCAACAUAUAUAUAUAUUGCACCAUGACAUGUGCUCAACAAUCACUUCCAGAAGCAUCUUCUCUUCAGGUAGUGCUUCAUAUUACAACAUGCAAAUACUGACAAUGGCAUCACAACAAUGGAGUCGCUGGCUCUCAUCACAGGAAGUGGAACUCUUCAAUUUUGUCAGUGAUUCAUUCAUAAAGUUAAAAAACAAACACAUUGUCUAGUCAGUCUAACGCCUUCAGGUUUGGGUCAUUUUCAUAUUUGAUUACCGUUUUUUUCCGUGUAUAAUGCGCAAAAUUUAACUAAUUUAUUGUCCUAAAAUCUGGGGUGCGCAUUAUACAUGGGUACAAAAAAACAACAGCAUUUUUUAAAAUCCGGAUGUCAUACGGAGGCCGCCAUUACAGAUGCGCUUUCUUCUCUGCUGUUCACUUCAAAACACUGAAAUAAUUUUACGUUCACGGACUUAAGUAGGAGUCAAAAUUUGGGUGCGUACUAUACAUGGGUACAGGCUUUUUUCCAGCAUCAACAUGCCAUUUUCAGGGUGCGUAUUAUACAUGGGGGCGCAUUAUACAUGGGAAAAAACGGUAAUAAUGGUAAUACAAUGAGUAUUUUACUGAUUAUUUGAAUGGUUGACAGUUUCCAUUCAAGUCGUAAUUGUUUCCAAAAUCUUAUUCAAGCUUUCAGUCCCCCCCCAAAAAAGUGUAUAUUGUUUAUUGCUUCUACAUUCCACAUGGGCUUCAGUCUUUGUCACUCUUGUAGCAAUUAAUACACCAGAGGAAGCCAUUUUGCAAUCGUGCAGACAGCAAAAUACAUUUCUGGUUAACUUAUGAAUACCUCAAAUGUUAUAUUCAUAACUUACUGAAAUGUUUUUAAGCGUGACAAAUGCAACAUGAAAUUUUUUUUCGCAAGUGUUUUUACCACGGACGAUCAAAUUGUAUGAAAAUGACCCAUAGACAUCGAUUACUUACACACACAAAUACAAUCAUUGCUGGGACUUGAUAUGUAUGUCGCACAGCAUCCUCGAGGUCAAAAAAGUAGUGCUACAAAGUGAAACGGGUUAAGUCUUUGUUAUUGUACACGUAUGUAAGAACACAAGUUGAAUAACUGAGGUAAAGGCAAAACAGAAAACGGACUCCUCGGCUAGAAACAAGCCAUGGCCUACCGUUCUAGGUUCAGGCCCCCGGUUCCGUGUCUUCGAUCGGGACGAGCCCUCGUGCGGGGGAGGCAGUCGGCUGGCGCUGAGGGUGAGAAGCCCCUCCCCCUCCAAAGUCACAUUGAGAAGCAAUGAGCCCUCUCGAAAAGAGCAAGGUCACAGCAUGCUCUAGAUGAGCGAACACUUGAGGAAUUUGAUCCUCUUGGAUUUUUUCUCGGUGAUCUUGAUCGCUUUUCCCGACCCUCCAGCAACACUGUCAGUCUAUUAAGAAAACAAUAAGUCAUAUUUGUGUCGACCAAAAGUUUCAUGUCCAAAGCACUUACUGUCUUUGAGCUCAGAUUGUGCAGAAUGUCUCUUCCCAUGGUAUAAAAGGCCUGAUUUAAAAAACAAAAAAAAUACGAUUCAUUGCCUCAGUUUUCUAAACAAGGCACAAAUAUGACCAUCUUCCUCCACCAUAGUCAAGAUUCUAAAAGUUGACCUACCUCUUCUACAUUUAGACUUGUCUUUGCGCUGGUUUCCAGGAACUUGACACCAUAAUCAAUAGCCAGCUAAAGAGGAAAAACAACAUGGCGGUGAUUUGAUUACCAUGCAUAUUGAAUGUAUUUGAGUUCCUGUUAAUGAGAUGCUGUUGGCCGAGUUGGAGACUCACUCACUUUUUCACCCCUGUCUUUAGACACCUGCCGCCUGUCACUCAUGUCACAUUUGUUACCCAGGACCAUCUUCUCCACGUCCGAUGAGGCGUGCUGCGAGUGGGAAAGUUGAAGGCCAAAUGAAUCACAUUUCUUAACGACGUGCUUCCCUACUGUUAUUACCUAUAAUUCAAUUUGAAUGUUGCCCCAGACAUUGAGGAAAUACAAAUUCAUCCACAGCUCACCUCUUCAAUAUUCCUGAUCCAGUUUUUAAUGUUUUCAAACGACUUCUCGUUGGAGAUGUCGUAGACCAGCAUGAUUCCCUGAGAGGAGGACAAUGACAAAUCAUUGUUCCUUCGUCCAGCUUCUCAACAUUCCAGCACAGUGAGUGAACACUUACCAUGGCUCCUUUGUAGUAAGCUGUCGUGAUGGUGCGAAAGCGUUCUUGGCCUGCAGUGUCCCUGAGUGAAAACAAAAGAUCUGCAUCCAUAUUUUUUUUCCAAUAAAAAAAACAAAACAAAUGACACUUACCAUAUUUGAAGUUUGACCCUCUUUCCGUCCAGCUCAAUUGUUCUGAUUUUGAAGUCUAUUCCUGCAGUAAAAUGAACAGACAUGUCAGAAAACUGCAGGAGUGGAGCUUCCUUAUUUUCUUUUGGAUGCAUAUUGUUUCUAAUGUGGAACAUCUCAGCUCAUUUAACUAACACGUUUACUCGAUCCAUGUGAAAUGUGGGCUUGUUUGAUGGAUAGCUCAUUAGGAUGACCCAUUGUCUUUUUCGCAUGCAAUCAAUCUCUGCCCUUUGCAUACAAAUACGUACCCGAUGUUGUGUUAUUACAUACUUAUGAACCUCUAAUAUGU